AUGGCGCGAGUUACUGUUGGAGCGAAAGAUAAGAGGAAGGAGGAGGCAACGCCCUCUUACGGUGGUUAUGAUCUGGUGGAGGUGGACGGCGGUAGGAGGGUUGGCCUAUCCCUGACCACAGCGCACGAGAACACUUGUCUGCAGACCUACCACUUGGAGCUGGACAUGGCGCGAAGUGUGCAAAUCCACCGGCACGACAUUCCCGCCUGCAUCCCACUGGCCAGCCUGGCCGAGCAGAAGCUUAAGGAAGACCUGCCAGGGUUUCUCGACACCCUGAGGCAACACUUGAAUGGUCUGGCCUGCCGCAUGCACCAGGUCAAACUUGUCAAGGAACAGCUUAAGUCUGUGACAGUGAUGGAGACCAACGCUCUGUGCUCAGUGCUGGUGCUGAUGUGCAAAGUCCCAGAAGAUGAGGACAAGGCCAUACUCUUCACACUGCUCUACAAAGACCCAACUAAAGCUCUGCCCACACAAGUCACCCUGGAGUCCACUGACAAAUCACUGCCUGACGACCCCCAAUGGAAGGAGGCCAAGAGUGUGUUCUUGAAGCUCCCACCUCACCAAACCCUCGGGGCCAUGAAGAAAGAUGGCAAAAUAGUGUAGACAUCUUUUACGGGUCUGGAAGAAGGCCUGCAUUUUGUGUCUCAGCGCUUCCCUCUCUGCCCGCUUCAGCCGCUCUCUCUCCUGCCUUCGCCACUCUCUCUGGCUGGC